AUGGAUACGAUGGACACCUCGACACCCGACACGACUACUGAACCCGACGACACUACUCAACUCGACAAGAUGUGCGACAAUGAGAAGGUGCUUGUGUACCACUACCGCGGCGAGAACUCGAUCCUGAAGCGCAACCUCCAGCAAAUCACACGCGGCCAACUCGCCGACAUCCUCGAAGACAACCCGAACAUCCAAGCCACCAGGAAACGAAUCACCAGCUCUGACCGCAACGCCGACGGCGAGGUGUGUCUUGAGAUUCAGCAGAAUGAUCUCUACACGCCGGCGCAGAAGGAGAUGUACAAGGAGAAGUCGCUGUUCAACUACUACAGCAAUAUCGCUGGGGUGGAGAUCAAGCGCCACGUUGCGCAGCAUUUCAGCGAGCUCAUCAUCUUGAGCAAGAAGAAGGACUGA